AUGGAUGCCAAAAUCUGCCUGGAAAGCCUCCGAGUGGAUGCCCCCUGUCCCCUGUGCUUGGGCUAUGUCAGGGAGCCAGUGAUUCUCCAGUGUGGCCACACCUUCUGCCAAGAGUGUCUUCCCAGCUCCUGCAGGGAAAUCUGCCCCCCUACAGCCUGCCCAGUGUGCAGGACAGCCAUUGCCUUUGAAGACAUGGGACCCGACGGGAGGCUGCGGGAUCUGACUGACAUUAGCAAGAUGCAGAGACCUCCCUUCCUGCAGGGCCUCGGGGAUCUGCCCACCUGUGACCAGCAUGGCCUAGAGCCCACCUUGUUCUGCGAGGAGGAUCUCAGACCCUUGUGUGGAUCCUGCUUUCUAACCACAGAUCACCAGACGCACCGAGUCGUUCUCCUGGAGGAGGCUGAAAGUCAGUGCACCGAGAAGCUCGAGGCUGCGUGCCAGACUUUAAGGAUCAAGAAGAAAAGAUUUCAGAUGGAAUUGCAAUUGGAGACAAUCAGAGAGGCGCAGUGGGCAAAGGACGGCCGCCUCCUCCAAGCCUUGGCUGUGUCUGAAUAUGAGAAAAUGCGCCAGUUCUUGCGGGAGGAAGAGGAGAUUCAACUGCAAACCUUAGGCCAGGAAGCAAGAGACAAUGGGAAGAACCAGAAAAGCCCGUUUCGAAAGAACCUUCAUCUGCUAAUGAAGGCCAAGAAGCAGCCUGGGCUCCAGGCUCAGAAGCAGGCGGCUAAGUCUGAGUGGGACAAACAGCUCCGGCUCUUGUCCGAGGAAAAGGAGCUCCACCUGCGGAUGCUGGACCGAGAAGCCACAGACAACCUGGCAAAGUUUGCGGAGAGCAAGUCAAAAAUGAAGCAGGAGAUCCACAGGCUGGAGAUGGCGAUCUCCGAACUGGAGGAGAAUUACGUGCGGCUUCCUGUGGAAAUGCUCCAGGGGGCAAAAGGCGCGUUGGGAAGGAGUGAGGAGCUGCUUCUUCGGAACCCAGUGGGGGCUUCGCCGACAUGGACCCUGCGCCCCGUCUCCGGAAUGAGAGCGAUGCUGCUGAGCUUCCACAGGCCUCUGCGUCUGGACCCUCAGACGGCCCAUCCCCACCUGGCCCUCUCUGAAGAUCUGCAGAGUGUGGAAUACCGUUCUGUGCCCCAGGACGUCCCCGACAACCCCGAGAGAUUCGACUCUGCGCUCUGCGUCUUGGCCGAGCAGAAGUUCUCUUCCGGGAGACACUACUGGGAGGUGGGGGUGGGGGAGCAAAGGGAGUGGGAAGUGGGCGUCUGUGAGGAGUCCAUCAGAAGGAAGGGCGCUGGCGGCCACAAGGUUCCGGCGGACAGGCUGACCCUGGCGGCCUUCUCUUUUGACAGGGACUUUCACUUGUGGCAUUCGAACCAAAUUGUUCCUUCCUGCAAACCGGUCCAGACGCUGGGCAUUUUCCUUGAUUACGAAAGAGGACACAUAGCAUUUUACAAUGCUGCAGAUGCGACUCUGAUCUAUAGUCCCCCAGAUAAGGCUUUUCAGGGUCCCCUUCUCCCUUGGUUCUCUCCUUGCUUUCCAAAGGGGAAAAACACCUCUGGAUAUCUGCACAUCUGCCCCAGGAGGAACAGUGCUCAAGAAGAUGAUCGUGACUGA